UCCGCUGUCUUUGGUAAAUUGCUCAUCUAAGUUUUUAAUUAUUUACAAAAAUAUCUGCUGUCCAGAUAAAAACAUAUUUGAGGAAUACACAUGGAAAAACACACUCUGGUUAUACGGUGGACAUAGUGCAAAUAUUUAAUGUUUCAAGGCAUGGUGAAACAGAGCGAUUUCAGAAAUUUGCUAGUACAAGAAAUAGGAUGCUUUUGUGGCAUGGUUCUCGGUUGAGCAACUGGACUGGGAUCCUUUCUCAGGGUCUGCGAAUCGCUCCUCCUGAAGCACCUGUUAGUGGUUACAUGUUUGGCAAGGGUGUUUACUUUGCUGACAUGUUUUCAAAGAGUGCAAACUAUUGCUGCGCUUCAGAAGCAUGUAGAUCUGGAGUACUGCUUUUAUGUGAGGUUGCAUUGGGCGAUAUGAAUGAGCUACUAAAUGCAGAUUACGAUGCUAAUAACCUGCCCAAGGGAAAAUUAAGCACGAAGGGAGUUGGUCAAACAGCACCUGACAUGGUCGAGUCUAAGAUCACUGACGAUGGUGUGGUUGUUCCCCUUGGCAAACCUAAACAGGAACCUUCCAAAAGGGGUGGCUUGCGUUACAAUGAGUACAUUGUGUACAACGUAGAUCAGAUAAGAAUGCGGUAUGUCCUGCUUGUUAACUUCAACUUCAAGAGACGGUAGAUGCUGUUGGCCUGUUGCAAAGAGCUGAAGGUGUUGCCGAGAUCUUUCUUAGCAGAACAUCUGUGGAAUUAUAGCACCAAAGGUUUCAUCUUAGGUGCCGUCAUCCAAAUUUUCUGAGCAGAUUUGGUUGCCUUUGCAUUUAGAUUUUGGUUUCAGGCUUCCAGCCCGUUGAUGACUAAUGCUGAGUGUAUGUAUAUAUGAUCCAUCGCAAUCCAUCUUCCAUGUAGUUAUAUCUUCCAUUUAUCGUCAUAUUA